AUGUCUAUUAGUGUGACUCUUCCGGACAGCUUCGGCUAUGUGGGUGCCUCUCUUCUUUCAACGGUUUUCCUCCUCUUGGGACAGGGCUCCACGGUCGGGAAAUACAGAAAACGAGCUGGAAUAGCCUAUCCUCAGAUGUAUGCGGAAAAGGCCCAAGCAGACGCCUCCAAGGACGCGUUCCAAUUUAAUUGUGCUCAACGUGCUCAUCAAAACACACUCGAAUACAUUCCACUUGUAUAUGCCAUUACCAUAAUGACCGGUAUCAAGUACCCCAUCUUCGCUGCUUCGUCGUGCGCUCUGUGGACCUUGUCUCGCAUUUCAUACUCGAGAGGCUACAUUCAAGGCGGCCCAGAGAAGCGCGUGAAUAUUCUCUAUCUUCUGGGCACUGUCGUUGGAAUAAUUGGUCAAACUGCUGCUGCGACGUAUGUUGUUGGUAGCUGGGUGUAUGCAGACCUCGCGGCAAAGUUCUUGUAA